AUGGUCAACGUUGCACCGCUUCUACCGGCGCUCGUACCGCUGGCCACCCUUCUCUGGAUCCGCGCCGCCGACCACUCAGUGUCCAUAUCGAGGAAUAGCUGGGAUCAUGAGUACGAUUACAUUGUCGUCGGUGGCGGUUCAGCAGGAGCGGUGAUGGCGAGUCGACUAUCGGAAGAUCCCACCAUGAGAGUGCUACUACUUGAGGCAGGCGGAUCGGAGAACAUCUUUUCGGACAUUCCACUGGCGGCGGCAACACUACAAAUGACACCCAUAGACUGGGCAUACCAGACUGAACCUCAGGAAGCAUCGUGUUUUGGUCUCAUCAACAGGCGGAGUCGCUGGCCUCGUGGUCGCGUUCUGGGCGGUUCUUCAGUGCUCAACUACAUGCUCUACGUUCGCGGCAACAAGCGUGACUACGACAACUGGGCUGCAAACGGCGCCUACGGCUGGAGCUGGGAAGAGGUACUGCCCUACUUUAUGAAGUCCGAAGAUAACCGUGACCCUUCCAUAGUCAGGAAUGGGUACCACGGUGUGGGCGGCCUUCUCACCGUCUCAAGUCCGCCCGACUCUACGCCUGUAUCGAUUGCUUUUCCCGAGGCGGGCAAGUUCCUGGGGUACCCCAAUGUGGACGUGAACGGUCCCUACCAGUCAGGCUUUGCCAUUCCUCAGGGCACCGUCCGCCGAGGGGCUCGCUGCUCCACUGCCAAGGCCUUUCUCGGCUCUGCCCGUGACCGUCCUAAUCUGCAUGUGAUCACCUUCGCCUACGUCACCAAGGUGCUCUUCAAUGACUUCAAGCGCGCCGUCGCCGUACAGUUUGACCGCUUCGGACUGACGCACGCCGUCUACUCGCGCAAGGAGAUCGUCAUCUCUGGAGGGAGCAUCAACUCCGCUCAGCUGUUGAUGCUCAGCGGCGUCGGACCGAAGGACCACCUCGAGGCACACGGCAUUCCCGUCAUUGCCGACCUGCCCGUCGGACUGAAUCUCCAGGAUCACAUUUACCCAGGUGGUGUUCACUUUACCUUUGAGGGCAAGUUCUCCUUUGUCCAGCGACGGAUAGUUUCACUGCCUAACCUCAUCAGCUACUUUGCCUCGGGCCGAGGUCCAAUGACAACUUUUGGCGGAGUGGAGGGCCUUGGCUUCAUCAAGUCAAAGUAUGCUAAUCACUCUGACGACUAUCCCGACUUUGAGAUUCACAUGGUAACUGGCGGACCGACCUCUGACGACGGGCAGACCUUUCGUCGUGUGCAGGGUUUCACUAAGGAGCUCUGGCAGCAGGUGUACGAGCCGUACAUAAAAUUCGACACCUUUAGCAUGUACCCAGUGCUGUUGCGUCCUAAAUCGGUGGGCUACAUCAAACUGCGCUCUGCCAAUCCCUACGACCCACCGAUCAUUGAUCCGCGCUACCUGACGCACCCAAAGGACAUUCUCUCGAUGGUCGAUGCCAUGAAGAUAUCGGUUGCCGUUGGUCUGACGCCGCCGUACCAGGCGAUGAAGGCACGACUCUUUGAGACCGUUUUUCCCGGUUGUGAGCACUACCGAAUGUGGAGUGACGAGUACCUGGCCUGUGUGGCCAGGACCUACACUGCCACCAUCUACCAUCCAGUUGGCACGUGCAAGAUGGGCGCAAAGCACGACCCAACUGCCGUCGUUGACCCUGAGCUGCGAGUCCUCGGUGGCGUCAAGGGACUUCGUGUCGUUGACUGCUCAGUUAUGCCAAAAAUUGUCUCCGGGAACACCAAUGCUCCGGUUAUUAUGAUUGCCGAAAAAGCCGCAGAUAUGAUCAAGGGAGUUAACUUACCGAG